AUGAAAGCAAACGAGAUCUCAAAACUUUCUUCUGAAUAUUGGAAAACUCUUCCCGACGUAAUCAAAUAUGAAUUUAAACAAAUUUCGGAAGAACUUCGAAAUAAUGCUCUGAAUAAAACUUCAUCAAAAAAAAUGAAAACAUCCAAAUAUAAAUUUAAGUCCGAAACUCCAAAUUCAUUCUAUCGAAAAGCAAUAAUGAGAACAUUCUCGAAUUCCAAGUCUAGAUCCGAGGAUUCAAGCCACAGUAAUAACUCCAAGAAUCCGGUUAUCAGUAACGACACGGAUAAGGAUGUUUCGACAAGCGAUAUUAUGGAUAAUUCCAGUUUGGAUAGUUCAAAGAUAACCACAGAAAUUAUGCCAGAAUUUCCUUUUUUGCGAGAAUUAGAAUUAUUAUGGCAGCAAAACUUGAUAUCAAUCCCACAAAACCUGAUAUUAAGCCCACCUUUUAACGAUGUCUUUAGCGAAGAAUGCCAAUCCUUUCUUCAUAUAUUGGGUCUAGACCAAUCAGUUUUUGAUGAUAAUAACAUAUACCACGAUUAUUAUGAUCAGAUAUUAGAACACUUAUACCCGCCAAACUUAACGACUAAUGAAGAAAGUCAACUAUUACCUCACACGCUCGGACAUAAUAUGGAUCUAGAUCAAUCAGAUAUUAAUGAUAAUAGUCUAUUCUACUAUGAUGAAGAUCAGAUAUGGCAACCAAACUUAAUAACGUCAUCAAUCCCAGAUGAUCUUAGCGAAGAAAGUCAAUUCUUAUCUUUGUAUGGAAAUAAUAUGGAUCUAGAUAAUAAUUUAUACCAACCAUAA